GGUUGUCAGCGGGUUGGUUGGGCUUGUGUUUACAGCUCGGCUGGAUGCUGUUGGCUGCUGAUGUUAUUUGGGAAGUGCAAUGUCGUGCCAGCCACCGUUGGAAUAAAAAUAACAGUGGGAACAAAGGGGAUUUUGCUCAUCAUCUCCCACCACUUCCGCCUUCCGUCUUCCAUUCAUGAGCAGCGUGGCUGAAUUUAACAGCGGCAGCCAUGGAUGACAAGGGCUCGGUGGGGAAGAUUAGCGUGUCUUCGGACUCAGUGUCCACUCUCAACAGUGAGGACUUUGUCCUCGUGUCCCGGCUGGGGGACGAGACACCCUCCUCAACUAAUAAUGGUAGUGAUGACGAAAAGACAGGACUGAAGGUGAUUUCUGAGGAAGGGGUCAGCUUUAAGAUUGUAGGCAAUGGAAGCGAGCAGCAGCUCCAAAGGGAGUUAGAAGAUGUCCUCAUGGACCCAUCAGUGGCCGACGCUGGGCUCGGAGGAGAAACAAGGAUGGACAAUCUUGGUAGGGGCGAUCAUCUCCUUUAUACCACAGUGUCACCUGUACCCCCAGGCACUGACCCUCUGAGUGAACCCCCACCCAAGCUGGAGAUGGUGCUUCCUGUUCAGACAGGCCAAGAGAGUGAGCUGAAUGAGAGGUCCUACAGAGCAGAUGAAUCAUCAUCAGAAGGUAGUCCUGGUAGCCCUAUCCCAGAUGAGGACAGUGUUGUGUUCAGCCAGCUGACAUAUCUAGGAUGUGCCUCGGUCAAUGCCCCCCGGAGUGAGGUGGAGGCCCUUCGUAUGAUGAGUAUCCUCAGAGGGCAGUGCCAACUCCCCCUGGAUGUCACAGUGUCUGUGCCAGGUGUCUCUGAGGGAACUGUCAGGUUGUUGGAUCCACACAACAAUACAGAGAUUGCCAACUACCCUAUCUAUAAGAUUUUGUUCUGUGUACGAGGCCAUGAUGGCACACCGGAGAGUGACUGCUUUGCCUUCACUGAGAGCCACUACAAUGCUGAGAUCUUCAGGAUCCAUGUUUUCCGCUGUCAAAUCCAAGAGGCGGUGAGUAGGAUACUGUACAGCUUUGCCACAGCCUUUCGGCGGUCAGCUAAGAAGGCAGUUCUGUCGUCUCAGCAGGCUCCUCCUCUCACCCCUGACAGUGACUUGUUUACCUUUACUGUCAGCCUGGAGAUCAAGGAGGAUGAUGGGAAGGGUACUUUCAGUGCUGUGGCAAAAGACAAGGACAAGCAGAGCUUCAAGCUGCGUGCAGGCCUGGACAAGAAAAUCGUGAUUUAUGUUCAGCAAACCUCUAAUAAGGAACUGGCUAUUGAGAGGUGUUUUGGACUCCUGCUCAGCCCUGGGAAAAAUGUGAAGAACAGUGACAUGCACUUGCUAGACCUGGAGUCAAUGGGAAAGAGCUCAGACGGGAAGUCUUACAUCAUCACAGGAAGUUGGAACCCCAACACGCCUCAGUUCCAGGCUGUGAAUGAGGAGACGCCUAAAGAUAAAUUCAUGUACAUGACAACAGCAGUGGACCUGGUGAUUACAGAGGUGGAGGAGCCGGUCCGUUUUCUGCUGGAGACGAGGGUCAGAGUGUGCUCCCCAAAUGACAGACUGUUCUGGCCCUUCAGCAAGCGUAGCUACACUGAGACCUUCUACCUUAAACUGCGGCAGAUGGAGCGUAAAGAGCGUAAGAGCCCUGCCUCUGACACACUCUAUGAGGUGGUGAGUUUGGAAAGUGAGACCGAGAGAGAAAAAAGGAAGACCACAGCCAGUCCCAGUAUCCUGCCAGCUGGGCCUGGCAGUAUCGUCCCUUCCCCACCUGAGGAUGAUGAAGAGGAAGAUAAUGACGAGCCCUUACUUAGUGGGUCCGGUGAUGUUUCAAAGGAAUGUGCAGAGAAGAUUCUGGAGACCUGGGGAGAUUUGUUAUCCAAGUGGCAUAUGAACUUAUCAGUGCGUCCCAGACAGCUGCCAGCUUUGGUGCGGAGCGGCAUUCCUGAAGCACUCCGUGGCGAGGUUUGGCAGCUCCUGGCAGGCUGCCAUAACAAUGACCACUUGGUAGAAGAGUACCGUACUCUCAUUACAAAGGAGUCUCCUCAGGACAGUGCCAUCACCAGGGACAUUAACAGGACAUUCCCAGCUCAUGACUACUUCAAAGACACUGGAGGAGAUGGACAAGACUCCCUCUAUAAGAUCUGCAAGGCUUAUUCUGUUUACGAUGAGGAGAUUGGGUACUGCCAGGGACAGUCCUUCUUGGCCGCUGUGCUGCUGCUACACAUGCCCGAGGAGCAAGCAUUCAGUGUCUUGGUGAAGAUAAUGUUUGAUUAUGGGCUCAGGGAUCUUUUCAAGCAGAACUUUGAAGAUCUUCAUUGCAAGUUCUUUCAGCUUGAGAGACUUAUGCAGGAAUAUAUACCAGACCUGUACAACCAUUUCCUGAAUGUGGGCCUGGAGGCUCACAUGUACGCCUCCCAGUGGUUCCUCACUCUCUUCACGGCCAAGUUCCCUCUCUACAUGGUCUUCCAUAUAAUUGACCUGCUGCUGUGUGAGGGCAUUAGUGUAAUCUUCAAUGUAGCCUUGGCACUUCUAAAGACAUCAAAAGAUGAUCUGAUCCAAACAGACUUCGAGGGUGCUCUCAAAUUCUUUCGUGUCCCAGUUCCGAAGAGGUACCGCUCUGAGGAAAACGCAAAGAAACUGAUGGAGCUGGCCUGUAGCAUGAAGAUCAGCCAGAAGAAACUGAAGAAAUAUGAAAAAGAGUACCACACCAUACGGGAGCAGCAGGAGCAACAGGAGGCCCCCAUCGAGAGAUAUGAGCGGGAGAAUCGGCGUUUGCAAGAGGCCAACAUGCGUCUGGAGCAGGAGAACGACGACUUGGCACAUGAACUAGUUAGCAGCAAGAUAGCCCUGCGCAAAGACCUUGACAAUGCCGAGGAGAAAGCAGAUGCCCUAAAUAAAGAGUUGCUGCUGACGAAACAGAAACUGAUUGAGUCAGAGGACGAGAAGAGACGACUGGAGGAAGAGUCUGCACAGCUAAAGGAGAUGUGCAGGCGAGAGCUCGAUAAGUCUGAAUCCGAAAUUAAGAAGAAUGGGUCCAUUAUUGGAGAAUAUAAGCAGAUCUGCUCCCAGCUGAGCGAACGACUAGAGAAACAACAGACAGCUACGCGAGGAGAACUCGAGAAAAUCCGGGCUAAAGUUGAAGGCUGCGAGAAAUGCAGCAGUCUUUUCAACAAAGAAGGCCGGGUACGGGUCGCUGUGACCACAGCAUCUGCCGGGGGAGCUGAGGAGACGGAUGAAGAGAAGGAGACUCUGAAAAACCAGCUGAGGGAGAUGGAGCUGGAACUAGCUCAGACCAAACUGCAGCUGGUGGAGGCUGAGUGCAAAAUCCAGGACCUGGAGCACCACCUGGGUCUGGCUCUCAAUGAGGUGCAGGCUGCCAAGAAGACCUGGUUCAACCGCACGCUCAGCUCCAUCAAAACCGUCACUGGUACGCAGGGCAAGGAGACCACCUAACCUAACAUUCCCUAUCCACCCAGUUUUAACCGGCCAUGUCUGAAACUCAGUGCAACUCAUCACGCUGAAACCUCUGGACCUCUAACGUAACCCACCGGGCCAUAACUUUGACAUGAACAUUAAUUAAAUCCCAGGAUCACUUGACUGCAGACUGUGUUCCUCUUAUCAACAAUGUUGUCGUGUUUCCCCCGUCCUGAUCUAAUCUGCCCAGCACAAAUCCCGAAUGACUGCAGCCAACCAACGCUGAUGAGAAGGGGUUGAAAACAUGAGAUGAACAACAGUACCACUCUCUGCCCCACAGAGACCGUGUGCUUCCACCAGUCACAUAAAGACAACUGUUUAAAAAAAAAAAAGAGAGAAAUGCAUAAUUAUUUCUGUCUUUGUACUGCUGAUAUUAAAGACCCACAGAAGGAAGGUAAGGACAUCAGAACUGUCACUGUCCUUACGGGAUAGAGAAGAAAACACUCCGUCCUUCCUUGCCGCUCUGUAUGCGCUUCCCGUCUAAAACUACUGGCACAAAACUACCAGUCCCUGUAAAUGUUCUGUUUUAGGUACGAGAGCUAAUAGAUGCCUUUUCAAAAAUGAGCUUUUUCUAAUUUACGUUGAACAAUUCCCUGUUUUUGUUUUGUUUUUCUAUGUAUGUUGUGAAAUGUGCUUAUAUAAAGGGGAAACGUAUGUGUGAGUGUAAGAGCACAUGUUAUUUUGCUAUUUUUUUUUGUUUGUUUUGACUGUGGUGAUGUUUGAACGGAUAAAUAUUUGACUGAAAUCACGUGUAAACUGUGUUUCAAAGACAGUGAGAAAGUGUGCGAAAGCCCAUGGGAAAGAAAAAGCACUAAGGUUGUGAGUGCCCGCAUGCAUGCAAGCUGUUCGUCUAGUCUGCUUUAAUGUUCACAUGUAUAUAUGAAUGAUGCUAAAGAGAGGUUUGCUGACAAAGCCUUGAUCUGAAGGUUGAUAAAGGUGGUUGGUAUGAUUUAUGUAAUUUAUGAUCAAAGCUGAUGUAAUAUUAACCAACAGCUUAACUUUCCUCAUGUCAAAUCUCAGACAUAAGAUUAUAGGCUUGAGUUGAGGUUUGUUUGGUUUGGAUCACCCAGCGCAAAGAAACGUUCAAAACCAUACAAACCUCUGUGUGUGCUGCAUAAGUAUACUGUGAGGGUGUGAGGAUAGCUGAAACCCAGAGUGAUGCAAUGUUUGCCAGAAAGCUUAUGCACUGCUUAGGGGAAGUGUAAAGCCUGAUUGGAAAGCACAGAACAUUUGAAUUCCUACUGCACUGAAACCCACCUUUAAGCCCCGCCUCCCUCCUCCCCUGGCUCCAGCCGCUCUCCAGUUAUUGACCUUUUACCUUGACUGGCGGGGUCAUAUUUAAUCAAAUGUUGAGCAGCAUGGCAGACACAUUUCAAUCACGUCUGUGGGGUUAGUUUUGUCACUAAACCAGAAACACUGAACAAAAAUGCAGAUAGAAAGGAGGAAAAAAAAAAUUUAUGAGACACGCCUGCUUGUUAAAAUUAGUCACCCAUGCACUGCAAAUAUCUGUAGAAGGUCAGAAAAAUAUGAAAGGUGGGAUAGGAAGAAAGAAAAAGAGUGCAGUCGGCAGCUGAAGUCAUGCCCUAUUGGCGAGAGAGGUCAGGCCAAAAACGAACAGGAAGGCCACAAGGAUGCAGGUGAGAGCAGUGAACAGCACAGUGCAGAAAGAGUUUAUGAUGCUGGCGACUUUCAGAUAAUACAUCAGAUCACCAAAACUGGGUGCUUAAUGAUGCAUGAAAUUAAAAGUUUGUGUUGUUGUAUGCUGAUGGAGAAUUCAGACUCUGGUAUGAAGUCCUUUAUCCUCUGAGUCAGAGGAAGGAUCUGGUGAUUAGAUGGCUUUACUGGCUUAGAGUCACAUGAAUGCCAGAGUGUACAAAACCAUUGCUGCGGUCAUUCCAGGCCACGUGACAAAGCAUCACCUAAAGAUGGCUCCUGGACAACCGUGUACUUUUUCCAGAUGCCUGCGCUCGACUCAGUAGGUGCACCUUUUGGGAUGAGGUGGAGCUGGAUAACCAUAACACAGAAAUCUCACAGCUCAGAGAAAAUCUGCAGGAAUUGAUGAAUGUUAUCAAACCAGCGCAGAGCAAAAUCCCGGUGAAACGUUUCCCGACACCUCGAUGAGUGCAUGCCUCGGAGCAUUCAUCAUCCAGAAACAGACGUUAGUGCUGAGGAGACUUAAACGUUAAGGUGGCGACUGAAUGUGGACACGCACUGUUGUGAAUUUAAGGGCAGGAAGGCCACACACAUGAAGACAUCGGCUGAAGUGUGAGGCAGUAUCACAGGAGUUACACCAGAAUCAUCAGUCCAUGGGGGCAGGGGGUGUCAGAUGUAAUAAAGUGCUUGUGUGUGUUUUCAUAUUUAGCUAACAAAAAAGGGAGCUCAUAAAUAUUCCAGUUUCUAUUCAUAAUUUACUACAUAAGACUGAGAAAACGGAGGAAAAGUUCAAACUGUUACUGUAAAAUUGUAUAAAUUCUAACUUGAGAGAUGGAAUCUGAUUGGCUGUAUUCUAGUGAUGUCAGAGGAGGAGUCUGCAUGAGGUUGAAAUAAACUAAGGGCCAUUCUUCUGAAGGCACUGGUUGUACAUAAGGAACAUUAAAAAUAAAUAAAUAUGGAGUUUUUGUUUAUGAUUUUCUACUCGAUAACUAUAACUAAUGUUGCCUACUUGUACCCACCCACCUGCUGCCGUGUUACCGUUUAAUCCACAACAAUGUUUUAACGUUUUAUUUGUUUGUUUUUGGGCCUUUUUUGCUCCAAGCUUUUCAGUCAGACUGCUGUUUGGUUAAUUAAAUGCCAAAACGUAGCUUUAUCAUCCAACGACAAAAACAUUAUCAACAUGUGCAAAUUGUAAUAGUGUAGAAUGCAUUGUGUAUACUUCAUGAAUUUCAAUAUAAAGCUAU